AUGAUUAUUGAUGAUGAUUAUGUUUGAAUAUAAUCUUAUUUUCUUUGGAAAACAAAUAUUUGGAUAGUAUAAUGUACAUUGUUGUGUUGUAUUUUUGCGUCUGAGAGUUGAAGUUUUGCUUGUUUCUUUUGGAUAUGGUGUGGAAGGCUCGAAGGCAAUAAAUUGAAAUAUUUGCAGAGAAAUCUCUGUGAAGUUUCGCUUUCUAGUGUCAAAGCGGGGGAAAUUCAUCAAAUCAUUUUACACUCGGGGUGUGUGCUUUAGCUAGCGAGAUAAUCUUGGCCUUAACUCAUCCAAUAUAAAACUGAAACUUCCCGGGAUUUUGCAUGUCUGGUCUUGUGGCCAUCGUUGAUAAUAUUGGAAAAACAUUUUCUUUGUCAGAUAGGACAAAGUCUCUGGACGCCCUGUUAAUUAAUGACAAUAACCGCUCUAGCAAAUGGACAAAUGGUGAUGUCUGUCAUACUUCUGAAAGCACCAGCUUUAGAGUUAGGGAUAUCUUCUUACCAAAUGGGGAAUCAUAUUCUGGAUCGCUACUUGGAAACAUACCUGAGGGUUCAGGAAAGUAUAUCUGGUCAGAUGGUUGUCGGUAUGAGGGUGAGUGGAGACAUGGGAUGAGGCAUGGACACGGGAAACUAGAAUGGCCUACUUCUGCUGUCUAUGAUGGUCAAUUUUCAGGUGGUUAUAUGCAUGGUGAGGGGACGUAUAUUGCACCUGAUAAAGUGACAUAUAGGGGACGCUGGCGGUUGAACCUCAAACAUGGUUUAGGGUAUCAAGUGUAUCCCAACGGAGAUAUUUUUGAAGGGUCCUGGAUCCAAGGAACCCCUGAAGGACCUGGUAAGUAUACAUGGGCGAAUGGGAAUGUCUACUCGGGCAAUAUGAAGGGAGGGAACUUUUCUGGAAAAGGAACUCUCACUUGGAUGAGUGGAGAUUCAUAUGAAGGAAGCUGGUUAAAUGGUACAAUGCAUGGUGUUGGUGCAUAUACAUGGAGUGAUGGUAGCUGUUAUAUUGGAACAUGGACACAUGGAAUAAAAGAUGGAAAAGGAACAUUUUAUCCUAGUGGUAGCAGACUUACAGCUGGUCAGGAAUUGUACCUCAAUGCUUUGAGAAAACGAGGAUUACUUCCAGAUUUGAGAAAACAACUGCGAGUCUCACAUAUCUCUCACGCCUCUUCAGUAGAUAUGGGAAAUGUCAAAGUAAGUGGAAGCCAUUCAUACGAUAGGCUCUCGAAGGGGAACAUAUUAAGGCAUGAGCAGUCACAGCCCAGUAAUGUUUCUCUGGAAAGACGAUGGAGUCUUGAAGUAGCUAUUGAGAAGGUAAUUGGAAAUGAUAUAGAUGGUGUUGACAUUGGGAACAAUAUGAAUUCUCCAAUUUUGGAAAGAGAAUACAUGCAAGGUGUACUAAUAAGUGAGGUUGUCCUAAAUGAUCGAUUCUCACCACAAUCUAAAAGAGCAGCAAAAAGGAGACAAAGAAAACUUGCAAGGGAAUCAAAGAGGCCAGGUGAGGCAAUUAUUAAGGGUCAUAGGCGUUAUGAUGUAAUGCUUAGUUUGCAGCUUGGGAUCAGAUACUCUGUGGGGAAAAUUACACCGGUACAAAGACGAGAAGUUGGAGCCUCUGAUUUUGGUGCCUGUUCGAGCUUUUGGAUGUAUUUUCCUAAAGAAGGAUCUCAACUGACACCUUCUCAUCAAUCAGAAGAUUUCAAGUGGAAAGAUUAUUGUCCAAUGGUUUUCAGGAAUCUGAGGGAAAUGUUUAAAAUAGAUACUGCUGACUACAUGAUGUCCAUCUGUGGAAAUGCUGCACUUAGAGAACUUUCUUCUCCUGGGAAAAGUGGCAGUGUGUUUUUCCUGUCUCAAGAUGAUCGUUUCAUGAUUAAGACAUUACGAAAGUCAGAAGUUAAGGUUUUGCUGCGGAUGCUUCCAGAUUAUCAUCGUCAUGUCAAGGCAUAUGAGAAUACUCUCAUCACUAAAUUUUUUGGUCUUCACAGGAUAAAGCCUUCAAGUGGACAAAAGUUCUGCUUUGUAGUAAUGGGAAAUAUGUUCUGCACGGAGUUAAGAAUCCACCGACGAUUUGAUCUUAAAGGUUCUUCACUUGGACGAUCUGCAGACAAGGUCGAAAUUGACGAGAACACAAUUCUUAAGGAUCUAGAUUUGAACUACUGUUUUUAUCUGGAGCCUUCUUGGCAGGAAGCUUUACUAAUGCAGAUAGAGAUCGAUAGUAAAUUUUUGGAGGAGCAGCACAUAAUGGAUUACAGCCUCUUGUUAGGCGUUCAUUAUAGAGCACCCCAGCACCUACGAUCUCCCAUCUCGUGCAGUGGACGUACAACAGCAGAAGGAUUUGGAAAUGUUGCAGAAGAUGAGUCUCUGGAGGAUGAAAUAUCACCACAGGGCCUUGUUUUAGUCCCUCGUGGUGCAGAUGAUAAUAAUGUAGUCGUAGGACCUCAUGUCAGAGGCAGCCGAUUGCGAGCAGCAUCUGCUACAGGUGACGAGGAAGUAGAUCUCCUCCUUCCUGGGACUGCAAGACUCCAGAUUCAGCUUGGAGUGAAUAUGCCAGCAAGAGCAGAAUAUAUACCCAGGAAAGAUGAAGCACGGAUGUUUCUCAAAGUAUACGAUGUUGUAUUAUAUCUCGGGAUCAUUGACAUAUUGCAAGAAUACAACCUACGUAAGAAGAUAGAACAUGCAUACAAAUCUAUUCAGUUUGAUUCUAUGUCCAUUUCUGCUGUGGAGCCAACAUUUUAUUCACAGCGGUUCUUACAGUUCAUUCGAAAGGUGUUUCCUGCAAAAUCAGUAGUAAAUUAGAAGAGUGUGUAUAUUGUCGUUUAUACCUCAUCUUUUCCCUUAAACAACUAAUCCCAUGACUUGUUUGUAGUGUCCUCAUGGGUUGACAGAUAUGUAUCUACUAUUUUCAUUUAUUGAGAAUGCACAAAACGGCUUACGAGGGUUUAUAUUGUAUCUAGUGAUUUCCUUUUUUUUUUCUGGAAAAAAGUAAAUGUAAACUCUUCUGGCAACAAUGGAAAAACUUUUCUUUGUUGA